AUGACUUCCAGAAAUCCCAAAGAUUUAAUUAAAAGUAAAUGGGGACCAAAGCCUAGUAAUUCCAAGUCAGAAACUGCAUUAGAAAAAUUUAGGGGAGAAAUUGCAGCUUUAAAAACAUCGGUAGAUGAAAUCACAAGUGGAAAAGGAAAGCUGAUUGAUAAAGACAGACACAAACUUUUGGAGAAAAUUCGAGUCCUUGAAGCUGAGAGAGAGAAGAAUGUUCAUCGCCUCACAGAGAAGGACAAAGAAAUACAGCGACUCAGAGACCAGCUGAAAGCCAAGCACAGCACUCCUGCAUUGCUUGAACAGCUGGAAGAGAAAACGAAAGAAGUUGAAAGAAGAGAACAGCUGUUGAAAUCCUUGUCUGAAGAGACGGAUGUGUUGAAGAAACAGUUGUCUGCUACAACUGCAAGGCUUGCUGAACUUGAAGGCAAAGCCAAUACGCUUCGUUUAUCACAGACUGUGGCUACAAGUUGCUUCAAUUCAUCAAUGAAUAAUAUUCAUGAAAUGGAAGUACAGCUGAAAGAUGCUCUGGAGAAAAAUCAGCAGUGGCUUGUGUAUGACCAGCAGCGAGAGGUCUACGUGAAAGGACUUCUAGCAAAAAUCUUUGAGUUGGAACAGAAACUGGAAACAGCCCCUCAGACACUCCUGCAGCAGACAAAAAAGACUGAAUCAGAAGGUUAUCUUCAAGAAGAAAAGCAAAAAUAUUAUAACCAUCUCUUGGCAAACGCAAAAAAAGAUCUUGAGGUGGAACGACAAACCAUAACUCAGCUGAAUUUUGAACUGAGUGAAUUUCGAAGAAAAUAUGAAGAAACCCAAAAAGAAGUGCAAGAUUUAAAUCAACUGUUGUGUUCACAAAGAAAGGCAGAUGUACAACAUCUGGAAGAUGACAGGCAUAAAACAGAGAAAAUACAGAGGCUCAAGGAAGAGAAUGAUCUUGCCAGGGAAAAACUUGAAGAAGAGAAGAAGAGAUCUGAGGAGCUGUUAUCUCAGGUCCAGUUUCUGUACACGUCUCUGAUGAAGCAGCAGGAGGAGCAAACAAGGGUAGCUCUGUUGGAACAACAGAUGCAGGCAUGUACUUUAGACUUUGAAAACGAAAAACUUGACCGUCAAAAUAUGCAACAUCAAUUGCAUGUAAUUCUUAAGGAGCUCCGCAAAGCAAGAAAUCAAAUAACACAGUUGGAAUCCUUGAAGCAGAUUCGUGAGUUUGCCUUCACAGAGCCAUUAGUCACUUUCCAAAAGGAGUCUGAAAACAGAGGAAAAGGCGCCUCACCAAAAAGUCCCACUGCUGUGUUAAAUGAAAGCCUGGUGGAAUGUCCUAAGUGCAAUAUCCAAUAUCCAGCCACCGAACACCGAGAUCUACUCGUCCACGUUGAAUACUGUUCCAAGUAG